GUGAGUAGACGAGAGUCACUGCUUCUACUCUCGCGAUACUUUGUCAGUGGGUCGCGGAGCAGUAUGGCAGCCGUCGCGCUGAGGUCCUGCCGCAGAGGACUUUCACAUAUUUUAAGUAAUGGAGGACUCGCAGCUUUGUCCCCACAGCGUCUGGAAGGAGUCCGGAGACAUAAGUCCACAGUGCAGUAUGCUUCACGACCAGACCUUCCAAAGCUGGCCUACAGAAGCGUGAAGGGGAAGAGCCCAGGUGUGCUCUUCCUCCCAGGAUAUGGCUCCAACAUGAAUGGCAUGAAAGCUGAGGCACUGGAGGAGUUCUGUGUGUCACUAGGGCACUCAUACCUUAGGUUUGACUACACGGGACAUGGGGCCUCAGAGGGGGUGUUUUCAGAAGGGACUAUUGGAACUUGGAAAAAAGACGUCCUUUACGUGUUGGAUGAGUUAGUCGAGGGGCCACAGAUAAUGGUGGGCUCCAGUAUAGGCGGUUGGCUCAUGCUGCUGGCAGCCAUUGCAAGACCAGAGAAGACUGCAGCCCUGGUGGGCAUCUCCACUGCCGCUGACCACAUCGUCACAUUGUUCAACGCUCUUCCUCUGGAGACACGCAAGGAGUUUGAGGAGAAGGGGGAGUGGAAACAGCCCACCAAACACUCGGAGGACGGUUUAUACAAGUUUAGCAUCGACUUUCUGAGAGAGGCCGAGAAUCACUGCGUGCUCCAGAGUCCCAUCCCCGUCACCUGUCCUGUUCGGCUCAUCCAUGGGCUCAAAGACGAGGACGUCCCCUGGCACAUCUCCAUGCAGGUUGCAGAACGCAUCCUCAGCCCUGAUGUGGACGUCAUCCUCCGGCGACAUGGCCAGCACCGCAUGUCUGAGAGGGACGACAUCAAGCUCAUGGUCUACACCAUCGAUGAUCUCAUAGACAAGCUGACCACUCUGGUUUGAGUAAGGGAUAAGAGAGGUUAAGGAGAUAAGGACUUUGAUUACUGGGAAGUCAACCCUCAAGAAAUGUACCAAACAAUGGCAUGUCUCUGCCAAAUAUGACCUUUUAUCCAUCUGUUGUUCUCCCUGUGCUUCAUCUGUCAUUUCAACAUGCCAUUACAGUGCAAACGAUAUUGAACGGGAGCUUCCCUGUUAGCGGUUCCCGUGUGUCUUCAGGUUGCAUUUGUAUGUUUUCCAGGUUAUUAUAUGAAGUGGCCGUCAUUAGAGGCAUCAGUUGCUGCUGCCCCUCCCUCUUUGCUUUACCUUUUUAAAUAAUUUUCCACCUGUUUUGGCCAAUAAAACCGCUGCACACUA